AUGAAGAUAGCUACAGUGCCAAUGCUUCUGACCCUGGCUCUUUGCCUCAUACAAGAUGCUGCCAGUGAAGGUGAAAAUCAGGAAACAUGCAAUGAAUAUAGGGCACUGAUGAAAAAUGGAAAACUGUUCUGUUCCCAAGAUAAAAACCUUUUUCAAAGCCCUGAUGGAAUAGUGUUCAUCAACAAAUGUGCCACAUGCAAAAUGAUAUUAGAAAAAGAAGCAAAAUCCCAGAGAAGGGCCAGGCAUUUAGCAAGAGCCGCCAGGGCUACUGCCCCAGCAAAGGAUCUAUGUAGUGAUUUUCGGCCUUAUGCGAAGAAUGGAAGACUUGGAUGCACAAAGGAAAAUGAACCAGUUCUUGGUCCUGAUGGAAGGACACACAACAAUAAGUGUGUGAUGUGUGCUGAGCUAUUCUUAAAAGAAGCUGAAGAAAAUGCCAAGCGAGAAGGUGAAACCAGAAUUCGACGAAGUGCUGAAAAGAAUUUCUGCAAGGAAUAUGAAAACCAAGUGAGGAAUGGAAAACUUUCUUGUACACGGGAGAGAGAGCCAGUCCGUGGCCCUGAUGGCAGGAUGCAUGGCAACAAAUGUGCCCUGUGUGCUGAAAUUUUCAAACAGCGUUUUUCAGAAGAAGAAAAUAAAGCAGAUGAACACCUGAGAAAGGCUAAAGAAAAAGUUAAAAGAGAAACUGAGAAACUCUGCAGUGAAUAUCAGGAUCAUGCAAAGAAUGGAAUACCUUUCUGUACCACAGAAAAUGACCCUAUUCGUGGCCCAGAUGGGAAAAUGCAUGGCAACUUGUGUUCCAUGUGUCAAGACUUCUACCAAGCAGAAGCUGAAGAAAAGAAAAAGGCUGAAGCAAAAGCAAGAAGUAAAAGAGAACCUAGAAAAGCACGCUCAUAUGCAAAGCUGUGCAGUGAAUACCGCAAGUUUGUGAGAAAUGGAAAACUCUUUUGCACCAGAGAGAAUGACCCCAUCCAGGGCCCAGAUGGGAAAAUACAUGGCAACACCUGCUCCAUGUGUGAGGCUUUCUUCCAAGCAGAAGAAAAAGAAAAGAAAAAGAAGGAAGGUGAAUCUAAAAAUAAAAGGCAAUCUGAGAAUACAUCUUCCUUUGAGGAGUUGUGCAAGGAAUACCGCAAAUCCAGGAAGAAUGGACAGCUUUUUUGCACUAGAGAGAAUGACCCCAUCCAGGGCCCAGAUGGGAAGAUGCAUGGCAACAUCUGCUUCAUGUGUGAGGCUCUCUUUCAACAAGAAGAAAGAGCAAGAGCAAAGGCUAAAAGAGAAACUGCAAAGGAGCUGUGCAGUGAAUACCGUAACUAUGUGAGGAACGGACAUCUUCCCUGCACCAGAGAGAAUGACCCCAUCCAGGGCCCAGAUGGGAAAAUCCAUGGCAACACCUGCUCCAUGUGUGAGGCCUUCUUCCAGCAAGAAGCAAAAGAAAAAGAAGCUGAAUCCAGAAGAGCUAAGAGAGAAGCUGAAAAGGAUACAUGCAGUGAAUUUCGGAGCCUUCUGAAAAAUGGAAGUCUUUUCUGCACUCGAGAAAAUGAUCCUGUGCGUGGCCCAGAUGGCAGGACCCAUGGCAACAAGUGCUCCAUGUGCAAAGCAGUCCUCCAGAAAGAAGAUGAAGAAAGAAAGAGAAAAGAAAAGAAACAUCAGAGAAACACUGCAGGGCAUGGUUCCAAACAUUUCGCAAAAGGGAAAGCUCAGGACCAAUGUGCUGAGUAUUGGGAACAAAUGAAAGAUGGAACACUCAGCUGUACUCGGGAGAGUGAUCCUGUACGCGAUGAAAAUGGCAAACCAUACAACAAUAAGUGUACCAUGUGUAAAGAGAAACUGCAAAGAGAAGCAGAGGAAAAAAUUAAGACUUCUGGCUACAGAUCAAAUGGGAAUGCAUCAGCAUUAGGAAAGGAUGUAUGUGAUGAGUUUAGAAGUCAAAUGAAAAAUGGACUACUUACUUGCACCCGAGAAAGUGACCCUGUCCAGGGUCCGGAUGGCAAGACAUAUAGCAACAAGUGUGCUAUGUGUAAGGAAAAACUGGAAAGGGAAGCAGCCAAAAGAAAAACGAAAGAGCAGGUCUACGUGAGAAACACAGCCGAAAAGAACAAUGGAAAAGAGGAUCAGUGUCGUGAAUUCUGGAACAUGGUGAGAGACGGAAAGCUUAUCUGCAACAGAAAAAACGACCCUGUUCAAGAUCCAUAUGGCAAGAUGCACAUCAACAAGUGUGCUAUGUGUCAGAGCCUCUUUGAGCAAGAAGCUAGUGAAAGAGAAAAGAAUAAAGAAGAAAAAUCAAGUGUCAAGCCCUCAAAUGAUGUAAAGGACCAGUGCAGAGAGGCGGAGGAUGGAAAGUUUAGACAGUCUGGGCGUAUCUUGGCCUCCAUUGCCGGGAUAAGUGUAGAUGAGUGCAGUAACUUUCGGGAGUAUGUGAUGAAUGACGAGCUCAUGCGUACUCGAGAGAAUGACCCUGUGCGUGGUACUUAUGGAAAGUUAUAUAAAAGCAAGUGCGGCAUGUGCAGAAUUAUCUUUCAAAAAGCAGCUUUGGAAAGGACAAGAAUUCAAGAAAAGCCAUCCCACGUUAGAUCUUCUGAAGAGGAAGACAGCCCAGAUUCCUCCAUUUCUUCUCUGAACUCUGAGAUGUGCAGACAGUACCGAGUAUUACCCAGGAUGGGUUACCUUUGUCCAAAGAAUUUACAGCCUGUCUGUGGUGAUGAUGGCCAGACAUACAACAAUCCUUGCAGGCUCUGUCAUGAAAAUCUAAUACGCCAAACUAAUACACGCAUACGCAGUGAAGGAAGGUGUGAGGAGAAGAGCAACCCAGAAACAACACCUCUCAGAGUGCCAGCAUCUGUCAAAUGAUGAAAGAGUUGGUGAAAGCCAUGAGGG